CCUUUCUCUCAGAAGUGGUGGAGCGGUGGCUCGAGUUCCCAGUGUAGUGUCAGCCUCCCUCGGCUCACCAGUGGACAACUGCUCGCGCUGAGCCAUGGUCGCCACUAUGAAGUUCUUGGUAGGACUGGUGCUGUGCCUGCCGACGGUACUCGGCCGACCUGCCGACAAGACCAAGACCACCGAGGUAACGUCAACAAACCCCAACGACGAGCGCUUCCCCAGGUCUCCCCCACAAUUUUCAUCCAGUAUCCAGGUUACAGGUUCCUCUAAUCGCUUCAGUUUCUUCGAUAAUCAAAAUGAAAUCCCAAAUGAAACUCGUGAUCAAUUCACGCCCCCCGACCCGCCUUCCAAAAAUGAUCGAGAGCAGAAGUACUUCUCCAACUUCAUUAUCGAAAUGCCGCCACACGCCCACAUUGUGGUCCACGACGAGCCAUUUUUUGACAGCCUCGACCACGGCAAGAUCAUUCUGGCGCUGGAGCAAAGGAGGAAACGUUACCACCUCCCACUUCAUAAGCUGAAGAGCCUGCGCCCUUACUUCCCAUUCUUCGUCCUAGACUAAGACGUUGUGGGUGCCCUCUCCUGCUGCCCGUUACAGGUCUCGGGCACUCGAUACGACCUAUUUUACUAGGCAUUUAAACGAGUUUUCUCGACAUUUAAAUGUAUUUUUAUAAAUCUCCAUGUCGAGAAACACAAUACAUGCCAGUGAUAUGUGUAAGACUACUAUGUUGUUUUGCACUUGUUAAUUUUUACCUAAAAGUCAAAAUUUGAUUUUUAACUUUGCCUUUAACAUUAAUAAACGAUUGCAAGUCACGUGUAUAAAAAGAAGGUGUUCAAAAGAUAUGCUUAAGAAAAUUCCAGAACUUGUAUCAUUUCAUAUCACACUUGCAGUCAAUGAGCCAACCAUGUUAUUUUAUACUGAAAUGAAGUCACAAUAUUUUCCAUUCAUAUAAUACUUUACUGUUAUGAACCAAUAACUGUGUCUCUCACUCAAGUCCUCCCUUCCUGUUUUACUUUUUUAAGUAUCACCUAAAUCUAUUAUCACUGUAGAAUGUAUAUUUUGUGUGUAUAAGAACAUUUUUAUAGUGUGUAUAUUUUAUGGCAAUAAUUAACAAACACUGCAAGCUUGAGUACAUAAUGUCUAGUAUGUACUUUAGUAUUGUGUGUAUUGUUCCAUGUUUUCUUACUUUAUAUUGUACAAUAUUGCUUGGCACAUUGUAUAAACGUUUUUCAUUCUAGUUAAUGAUAAAUACUGCUGUUUCAAUAUCAAGUACUUUAUGACUUACAGUCGUGAUGUAAUUAUUAUAAUUAAUAAAUAACAGUGUCUA